AUGGCGACCUCUCUGCAACUCGCAGUGGCUCUCGUGGCGAUCUCGUUGCUCGCAUCGCUCUGCCUCUCCAGCGCGACCACCAUUGGAGGACUCGAGCAAAGCUUCACGGCUUCAACACCUUCAAUUCCAUCACCACCAGCAGCAACACCACAACCAUCUCCCCAAGACCACUCGUUCUUCUCCCACACAGCUCUCCUCCCUGCGAUCCUCUCCCAUCUUGGCUACCACGAGCUCGCCACCGUCGCACCCUCUCUCUCCGAAUCCACCACCUCCAUGGCCUGGACCGGUCCCUCCACUCUCUUCGCUCCCACCGACUCCUCCCUUCGCGCCUGCGACUCUUGCUCCGUCGCCAACCUCCUCCGCGAACACAUUAUUCCUGGCGCUUUCACCAUCAACUAUCUCCGGAAGCUCCCUUUCGGCUCUAAGAUCGAGACCUUGAGCCCAGGCCGCUGCAUUACCGUCACCUCCGAGAGGUCCAAGAAUGGCAACGACACCAUGGCCUCUGCCAAGGUCUUCAUCGAUGGAGUGGAGGUGACGCGCCCCGAUCUCUUCAACAACGGCCUCGUCGUCGUCCACGGCCUCCAAGGCUUCAUGGCUGCUCUUUCGCCGUUCUCUUGCGACGUGGAGAGGAUGACCUCGCUCUCCUUCCCGUUCCAUCCUGACCGCACUGAGGCGCACAAGGUCCACCACUCUGUCAUGCGCCUGAUGCUCCGGGACGCCAUGCUCAGGCUCCGCAACAACGGGUUUAGCAUCUUGGCGCUCGCCCUGAGGGUCAAGUACGCCGAUCUCGUCGGCCUCAACAACAUGACGGUUUUCGCGGUGGACGACCUCUCGAUCUUCACCGGCUCUCAUUCGUACAUCAGCAAUGUCCGUUUCCACAUCGUGCCGAACCGUUUCCUUACGUUCUCCGACCUUGAGAAGCUUCCUGUGGAGACGACUUUACCGACGCUCGAGCGAGGUCAGUCACUGUUGGUCACCACCGCCGGUGGAGGCUUUCUGGCCGAGCCGUUAAGGAUAAACUACGUGAGAAUCAAGGCUCCCGAAGUCAUGCGCAACCUCAGGAUCGUGGUGCACAGCGUGUUCUUGCCGUUCCCGCAUAUUGAUCCAGUUCCUUCAACAUACGAUCAGAUACUCGGCGGAGAAGGAGGAUCCAACCGUGGAGAUCGCCUGGCCCCGGAUCAGGCGGUGAACGGAGUCUGUGAUGCUGUGGCAGGGAAAGGAGGUUGCGCUGAGGUUCCCAUGCCCCAAUUCAAACCGACGGUGGAGAUUGAGGAUCGCCAUGGCCUGUGA